AUGUUUCUAGUCUUCGACCGGAAAUGAUUUUUUUUCUUUCAAAUUUACCGUGAUGGUCUCUCCCCCGAGAUUAAUCAAACGAGUCCUGUGUCUCUUCGCUUAAAGGGUACCUACGCAACUGUGUACAAAGGCAGGAGUCUGUUGACGGAGAAUCUGGUUGCCCUGAAGGAGAUUCGGUUGGAGCACGAGGAGGGUGCGCCCUGUACUGCCAUUCGGGAGGUCAGUCUGCUAAGGGAUCUGCGCCAUGCAAACAUUGUCACCCUUCAUGACAUCAUCCACACGGAGAAGUCCCUCACAUUGGUCUUUGAAUACCUGCAACGGGACUUGAAGCAGUAUCUUCAUGAGUGCCACAACCUAAUGCAUCCGGAGAAUGUGCGCCUCUUCCUCUACCAACUCCUGCGUGGUCUGGCUUUCUGUCAUGCUCGGCGAAUCCUGCAUCGCGACCUGAAACCACAAAACCUCCUCAUCAAUGACAGGGGCGACCUCAAGUUGGCCGACUUCGGACUUGCUCGGGCCAAAUCCAUCCCCAUCAAAACCUACUCAAACGAGGUUGUCACACUUUGUCAAGUUCUCCAUGAGCCCGAGACUGUUGCGUUGGUGCGUUGUUUCAAGGUUUACCUUGCAGAGGUUGCCACUUUGAAAUCGGCCGCCGGUCGCGAUCACUUACACGUUGCGUCCGCGGGCACUUCAGCGCACAGACGCAUCGAUUUGGUGCGCGCGCAAACCGUCGCUCUGCUGCGGACGCCCGCCGAUACGCUCGGUGCGCCUCCCCUAAACGCCCGCACUCACGUAAACGCCUCCCGUCAACACUUUGUGUAUCGGCCGCCGGAUGUGUUGCUUGGCUCUACGGAGUACUCGACUCACAUCGACAUGUGGGGCGUGGGGUGCAUUUUCUUCGAAAUGGCCACUGGCUGGCCGCUUUUCCCUGGAUCUACUGUCGAGGAGGAGCUCACCCUUAUCUUCAAGCGUCUCGGUGAGUGGACAGAGCUGCUUGUUUUGCAGCACCUCAUUUUUGUCCGCGCUCAAGCCGCAUCAGUUGCCCUCUCUCUCCAGCAAGGAUGUGGUGCCGGCAAACGUGGGAAACCGCUUAGAGCUUCUCUGGGUCGUCUCAAUGGUUGCAUGUCUGCUAGCCCUCGACAGGCCGCUUGUUUCAGUGGCACUCCCACUGAAUCCUCUUGGCCUGGCGUCACCACUCACCCUCAUUUUAGCAAAGCGCUUAGUUAUGGACCCUAUCCUGCGGUAGGUCGCUUCCCUCUCUCCCCCCAGUUCUCUCAGUCUGGCCAGGCCCUCCUCACCAGCCUCCUCGUGUACCCCGGUCCUCGGCGCAUCUCCUCACAGGAGGCACUCAAACAUGCCUAUUUCGCGAGACCGAUUUCCUCGUCUUCUAGUUCUGCUGCUGGCUUGCCCUUGGAGGCACUUGCCAAGUUGCCCGACUCUGCCAGCGUCUUCGAUGUGCCCGGUGUGCGACUGCACAGGGACCCGGGCAUUACACCGCAGACCUCGCUGUCGAAUCACCACCCCCAUCGCAGCAAUGGAUCCACAAGCUACCGCAAUUCCAUGCCAGUCGUAUACAAUGAUUUCAAUGUACGCCGAAUUCACGCACAAGGCAACCAAAUUCUCAGUUCUAAUCAGAACCACAUGAAGCAGACUCAAGCACAUCGGCACAGUCAGCUGCAGCAGCACCAACAGCCCCACGCCCACCACCAGCCUGCGCCUCCUCCUCCCCCUCCUCUCCCCCCACAUCAGUCGACGUCUGCUUUAGUCGCUGGCGCGGCGACGGUCUAUCAGCGUCCUGUCUCCAUGGUACCGUCAAACGGAAUACGGCCACCUGCUAUUGCACCACGCUGUUACCUGCCCAGUCAGAAUGGAACUGGAGGUGGCACUAUUACGGGCUACCCUCCGAGUGUUUUUGUCAACUGUGAUGCCAAGCAGUCUUCCUCAACGACCUCAAGCCAGCAUCCAGUUAACCCUUUUGGUCAGUACCCAGGACAUCAACGCUUCCACGAUGGCGGCAGCGGCAUUGCCGGGCCAGCCUCUCUUGCCUCUAACGCACGCGUCGUUGGUAGGUUGAGUGAUGUAUUAAUCGUUGAUCGAUGA